AUGGUGAAACCAAAGAAACCAAUCGGAACGACCGCCCAAAAUAUUGAUAAAAAAGCGGCGGAAUCAGCGAUUUUCGCCGAUUCCGAAGGUCGAAUCGGACUGCGGAUUCAUGCGAAACCGGGCGCCAAGAAGAGUUGUGUAGUAGCAAUCGGAGAAUCAGAAAUCGACGUUUCGAUUGGCGCCGCGCCGAGAGAAGGAGCCGCCAACGAGGAGCUCAUUUCGUAUUUGAUGGCGGCGUUGGGGUUGCGCAAGAACGAAUUACAGUUUGAUAAGGGAGCAAAAUCGCGUAGCAAAGUGGUGUUGAUUGAGACGAAACGGUUGACUAUCGACGAGGUCCCCCUUAUCUCGGCCACCGCUCAACCAGAAUUAUGUGACGCCUAUGAGACGGUUGAACGGAAAUUCAACUGCGGGCCGCGUGGAUAUCCGUUGCAUUUUGGUCUGAGGAAUUGUUUGGUCUUUAAUAAUCAAACCAUCAUCGACAAAUUCACUCCAAAAGGCCGCGAAUUCGUCGGCUGCUCCACUCGUUGUCUCGUCAAGUCUAUACUAAAUAUUUCUGAAUUCUCCACAAGCUGUGCCCAAGUCCAAGAAGAAGCGUUCAAAUCCCACGUCGACUGUUAUCUCAACUGUGACUUUUGUGACGUGUGCAAAACCGAGAAACUCGCCUUCCUUAAAAGUUACGAUUGGACCGAUUUUCUGAGUUUCGCCGCCCUUCAACAAGUCUUCGCAAUCGUUCGAAAGUGUGGAGUGUUUGGAUGUUUCCGGGUUUUUGAUUUUUAA